UAAAUGCAAUGUAAUAAUGUAAUAAUAAAUGAAACCCUCUGGAGAGUUGUGAUGUAGGCUGCUGUACCAAGCACAAUUGACUUACAUUUGAUUGAUUUAGCUAACUUAUAACUUCACUUAUGAGGCAAUAAACCUCACCUCUAGUGAGUGGCCCAGCCCUUCGAAUAUCUUUCUGUAUGUGGCCCUCGGUGAAAAAAGUUUGGCUUAGAUCAAAUGUUUUUGUUUGGCUUCUUCCCUCUGUAGGUGCAGCCAGGCCAGGGAAGCAGUGUGGAGUUGAGUGACAUGCGCUCUCUGUCCGGAGGCGAGCGCUCCUUCUCCACCGUGUGCUUUGUGGUCUCCCUUUGGGUCAUCACAGAGGCGCCUUUCCGCUGUCUUGACGAGUUUGAUGUUUUCAUGGACAUGGUGAACAGGAGGAUCUCAAUGGACAUGAUGCUAAAGGUGGCUUCCGGUCAGCGCUACAGACAGUUCAUCUUCCUCACACCACAGAGCAUAAGCUCUCUUCCACAGAGCAAAAAUAUCCGCAUCCUCCGUCUCAAAGACCCAGAUCGUGGCAUAAAGGAACAAAGUAGUCAAGACGGCGACAACGAGUAGUAGUUCUAAUACUAAGCUAUAUUAAAUGUUUUGUUACACUGAACCGGGUAUAUAAUGUUAAGUUCUGUUAUAUAGAGGGGGAAGGAUGGGAAUU